AUGAUAUUAUGUUUUGCUUUGACUCAAUUCCACGGGAGCCAUCUUGACCCGAUUGAGUCUGGUGUUCUCCAUCGCCGGGAUGAAAUCUUAGAGGACUUGGACAUUGCAAAAUGUCUAUGGGAAAAUGAUGCCGACCGCUCUAUAGUGGCACGUAGGGCGGCAACAGCCAUCACAUCCGCGCUCAAGCAGGAUUUCGACAAGUCAAACUCACCAACUUUGAUCCCAUCAGACGAGGUGGAGGAUGCACCAUUGCGCGAGCGGUCUGCUACUAUUGGUCACCCAACAGGGUUAAUGCCGGGGCCGUACAGUGCUACUUUGGUGAUCAUGAUGCCGGGCCGAAUAUGA